CAUGGCAUCUCCUCGACUCGAGACCUUCUGUUGUCCCAACCGCGACGCCGCCACUGAAUUCGUGGUGAACUUCCAGUCCGUGUUCUUCAGCGCGAUCUGUAUCUGCAGCGCGAGCGUCAGUUUCAUAUUUACCGUCAUUCAGAUUUUACCCAAACGGAGAGGACCGACGCCGGGACACCCGCAGCACAAACCCGCCUCAUCUCUCAGGAUAUUAUUCAUCAUCAGUGUGUGUGAUAUCUUAGGAUGCACAGGAAUCAUCGUCAGAUCAUCCAUAUGGCUCGGUUUACCCAACCUCAUCAGUGGCAUCUCCGUUGGCAACAGCAGCGACGUGUGGCCGGAGGUGUACUGUGUCGGCAGUGCAAUGUGGAUUCAGCUGUUCUUUAGCGCCUCCUUCUGGUGGACAUUCUGUUACGCGGUGGACGUCUUCUUAGUGGUCAAACGAUCAGCUGGAAUCAGCACCAUCGUCCUAUAUCACAUGAUCACAUGGGGUCUGACUCUUCUGCUGUGUGUGGAGGGCGUGGCCAUGCUCUAUUACCCUUCUAUAUCCAGUUGUGAAAACGGUCUUCAGCACGCAAUCCCUCAUUACAUCACCACAUAUGCGCCGCUGCUGCUGGUGUUGUGUGUGAACCCGGUGCUCUUCGCCAGAACGGUGUCUGCGGUGACAUCACUGCUCAAAGGUCAACAGGGCAUCUACACCGAGAACGAGCGGCGCCUUGGAAGUGAAAUCAAGAUACGAUUCUUUAAAAUAAUGCUGGUGUUUUUCAUCUGCUGGUUGCCCAACAUUAUAAAUGAAAGUUUGCUCUUUUACCUGGAGAUGCAAGAUGAUAUUAAAGCCAACAGUGUGAAAAAUGUUCGCAAUGCUGCGCUCAUCACAUGGUUUAUAAUGGGCAUCUUAAAUCCCAUGCAAGGAUUCCUCAACACGCUGGCGUUUCAAGGCUGGACGGGGCUGCACGUGGACUUCAGUCCGCAGAGACAUCGAGAGUUGCUGUGGGAUUCAGCCUCCACUUCAGUGGCCGUCGGGGCCGGAUACAACCCAAUGGUGGGCUCCACGCUGCUCUUCCAAAGUCACGUACAGGAAGUCAAGAAGAAUCUGAGCUCCAACGGACACCAGCACCCUUCAGACGCCAUAAGUGUCCUGUCUGAAGGUUCAGAGUCGAGUACAGUAGAAAUCCACAUAUCGAGUGAACAGCGCGAGUUUGAGCAGGUCAAGUCUGACGGAGCGUCGCUGGAGAAUUCUACAGGCUGAGCGUCUUCAACAUGUGACGAUUUUACAACAUACAGUUUUCUUCAACUCGUGAAAAACAGGAUUAAGACCAGUCUUUAUGCACUUGUGAAGUCACUUAAUGUGAGAAACAUGCCAUAAAUCAAUCAGUAUUGUUUUGGUUUCGCUACAAUGCCUCUAAAUUCAACAUGAACUAAACUUGGUGUGAGCAAACAAAGGUUAAUGACUUGUUAGCCAAUAUUUGUCCUUUUAAGUCAAUCACCAAAUUAUUAUAAUGCUAAUAAAUAUUAAAUCACAACAGACCUGAAGAAAUGCUGUAGUAUUAAAUCACACAUGGUAAAUGUACUUCAAUAAAUCGACUUCUUAAAUAUAGCCAUUAAAGGCGAAGUUAGCAAUGUUUUGGUUGCUAAGGUAAACCUGGACCAA